GACCUCUCCUUCCUCUUAGCUGCCAUGGCUUAUGACCGCUAUGUGGCCAUAUGCAACCCUCUGCGAUACACGAUCAUGAGCAAGAAGCUUUGUCUUCAGAUGGUUGGUGGUACAUGGGUCACAGGGUUCCUCAACUCCUUGCUGCACACAGUCAUGACCUUUACUCUACCUUAUUGUAAAUCUAAUAGAGUCAAUCAAUAUUAUUGUGACAUCCCUCCAGUCUUGGCCUUAUCAUGUGCUUCCACCUAUGCGGCUGAGAUGGUUGUCUUCAUUGUUGGUGUGAUUUUUGGUGUGAGGGCUUUUCUGGUGACGCUAGUCUCCUACAUCCACAUCAUCUCCACCAUCCUUCAGAUCCGUUCUUCCGAGGGGAAGCGCAAGGCCUUCUCCACUUGCGCCUCCCAUCUUACGGUGGUGUGCCUCUUCUAUGGGACAACCCUCUUCACUUACUUAAGGCCUUCCUCCAGCCACCAUUCAGAUCAGGACAGGCUGGUGAGCAUGUUGUAUGGGGUGAUAACCCCCAUGUUGAACCCCUUGAUCUACAGUCUCAGGAACAAGGAGGUUAAAGGGGCUUUGAUGAGGGUCAUCAUUCCUAAACGCCACUAA